AAAAAAGAUUUAAGGAGCAUUUACCAAAAUGCAAAGGUCUAAAUGAGGCUCCGCAAAGGCCAAAAGUGCCAGGAAAAGAUGAAAAUGAAAAGUAUUUUCGUAAUUAUAAAUGCAUGCAACCAAAUCCAUAUCGUAUUUUCUGGGAUCUAGAAAUGUUAACCGAAAAGUUAACUCCAGAAGAAAAAAUGAAAUUAACUAAUACAGAAAGAUUACAGAUGCAUAAACCGUGUGGAUACUACUAUAUAAUAGUUCGCAUGGACAGUUCACUUAAUUAUGAGGUAGUAAGUUAUGAUCUAUAUAGAGGGUCAGAUACCUUAGAAAAAUUCGUUGAAAGAAUCGAAGGAGAGCUUCUAAAUAUUCAAGAAGAUUUAUCUGCACCAGCUGAAAUUAUUAUGGCACCUGGAGAUCUUAAAGCAUAUAAUGAAUCAACUGAAU